GCAUGUUGAGCCAUCUGGUUGGUACACUGUAGGUCACCGGAAACCCUGCUUAGGACCAGCUGAGCUCCGGGACACAAAAGCAAAAGGGAUAAAAGUUAAUGGCGGAGGUCCACCAACAGAGCGAACGCCAUAAACAUAAGCGCUAAGAGUGGGGGUACUAGGAGCCUCAUCGUCAUCAUAACGAUAAUAAUUGCAAUCUUCAAGAAGGCAAGGGAAAAGAUCAUCUCUCUCUUUUUCUUUCUCUCUCUUCUCACUCUGCACCCCGCUCUCUCACGCCAACACGCAUAACGAAAAGUAUUCGCUGUGCUUUUCCUAAGAAGUCUCUUCAAAAUUCAAAAUCAAAGCCCGGCUCAUCCUUUUCCCAAGAUCAUUCAGACACCUUCAGCAACAGCAAACAGCACCCUCCUCUCUCUCUUCAUGAUUCUCACGACCCACCAAAUUGUUUUCCGAGAGAGAGAUCAGCCAACCAAGGGGAAAGGAGAAGCUGUGCCUUCAAACCAACUCAAUCUUCAUUGUUUCUCUCUCCCAAUCUGAUCCUUACUCUUCCGUUCCCCCCCUCCCCCCCUUCCUUUUAGCGCUAUUUUCUUUCUUUUAGGUGCCAGCCAUGACAGAGGUGCUCCAGACUCAUCGGUUUUCUUCAUCCCCAAGCUCUCCUUUCCACUCAUCAGACAAUGGUGGUGGCGUUGGAGUGCAGGGCCAUCAUGCCCACUUGAGUUCGUCGAAUAUAUUGGUGAACAGCGCAGAUUUGGGACAGGUGAGUUUGGAAGAGGAGGAGGAAGGCUGUGGGGAUAAUACCAUCUCCUUCUUGGCACUGUUGGUGGAGGCCUUCAGGAAGUCCAUGGUUGCCUGCAAGACAGAAGGGAAGGAGCUCUGCUCAAUGGAGAUCGGGUGGCCAACGGACGUGAGGCACGUCGCCCAUGUCACGUUUGAUAGGUUCAAUGGCUUUUUAGGGUUGCCUGAGGAGUUCGAGCCGGAGGUCCCCAGGAGGGCCCCUAGUGCCAGUGCAAGUGUCUUCGGAGUCUCUACAGAGUCCAUGCAAUGCUCCUUUGACACUAGGGGGAACAGUGUACCAACAAUACUUUUGCAGAUGCAAAGACAGUUAUAUGAUAAAGGAGGACUUCAAGCUGAAGGAAUAUUUAGAAUCAAUCCAGAGAACAGCCAAGAGGAGUAUGUCAGGGACCAAUUGAACAAGGGCGUUGUACCAGAUAAUAUUGAUGUCCAUUGUUUGGCAGGAUUAAUAAAGGCUUGGUUUAGGGAACUUCCAGAAGGGCUGUUAGACUCUCUCACACCUGAACAAGUAAUGCAAUCAAAUGCUGAAGCAGACUGUGUCCAGCUUGUGAGGCUUCUGCCGUCAACUAAAGCAGCCUUACUGGAUUGGGCUGUGAACCUGAUGGCUGAUGUUGCCCAAGAAGAGCAACAAAACAAGAUGAAUGCUCGCAACGUGGCUAUGGUAUUUGCUCCAAACAUGACUCAGGUGUUAGAUCCCUUGACUGCACUGAUGCAUGCAGUUCAAGUCAUGAAUUUUCUUAAAAUGUUGAUUCUGAAGACACUAAGGGAAAGGCAGGAGUCCGUUCUUCAAGCAGCAGCAUUCUCAACCCACUCAGGACCUUCUAAUGAGAACGGUCACCACGGUUCAUCGCAACACUGUUUAAGCGCAAGCGCAAAAGGAGACGAAUAUCAGACGGAGCCUGAAACCAAUGAGCUUAAUAACGGCACUUUGGUCAAUGAUGAAGAUGAUGGUGUAGGUCAAGAAGAAAAAUUCGGCGCUGAUGUUUGUAGAGAUACUGUUGAAGGAUGUCGGAUGGAAAAAACAUCUCGGUGCAAACCAACUAAUGGAGGAAAACUUGCUACAAGCGGAUCAAAGACUAGCACUAAAGGCAGUUGCCAUAGAAGCAGAAAUGUCGCCAGUGCAAGGAAAGGUGGAAAAACGGUGAGCAGGCAAAACACUGUUAGAACAAUAGCAGCAACAGCAUAUGAGAAAUCAAGGGAACCAACCAUCGCAAGCCGUAUAAAUUCAAGGACAGAACGUGUUGAAGCGUGGCGAUGAAGUUGAAUGGUGAUAGCUAGCUUCUGGGCAACUAAUUUUUUUUUAGUUCUAGUGUUCUUAAUUUGAGUCAAUGGUUGUUGAAGGUUGACAGUCUGCGUACUUUUUCAUAUGGUUUGUUGUUUUGGGUUUUGGCUUGGUGUUUCAACUCUAUUUUUGUUCCUGAUUGUACAGCAGUUACCAGA